UUACAGGCAGUGUCCCUCAUCAUUCACUUAAUUGAGUAGCUCUCAAGAUGGCCAUACUCAAUCUGAGAAAAACCCUAAUAACCUUUUCUCUUGUCGGCCUAAUUGCUGGUUUUACAUCGGAACAAGCAUAUGGUCAGAACUCCACCCCGACACCUUCUGGUGGCAGCUCGGUUGCCAAUAUCGUGAGUGACAGCUUCUUCAAUGGAAUCAUUGGGCAAGCUGCAGCGAGCUGCGCUGGGAAGAGCUUCUAUACAAGGCAAGCGUUUCUCGAUGCGGCCAAAAGUUACCCUCAGUUCGCUGCUGGUUCAGCCGAUGAUUCUAAGAGGGAGAUUGCAGCAUUCUUUGCCCAUGUCACGCAUGAAACUGGACACUUCUGCUACGUAGAAGAGAUAGAUGGUGCUUCUAAGGACUACUGCGACGAGAGCAACAAGGAAUAUCCAUGUGCCCCAAACAAGGGCUACUAUGGUCGCGGGCCGCUGCAAAUUACAUGGAAUUACAACUAUGGACCAGCGGGAAAGGCUAUUGGAUUUGACGGGCUGAACUCUCCUGAAACAGUGGCCAAGGACCCAGUGAUCUCGUUCAAGACAGCUUUCUGGUUCUGGAUGAACAACGUGCAUUCCGUGAUCGGUCAAGGUUUUGGGGCUACGAUAAGAGCCAUCAAUGGUGCCAUCGAGUGUAAUGGUGGAAACAGUGGCGCCGUACAAGCGCGUGUUAAGUACUACACCGACUACUGCAACCAACUCGGCGUUUCUCCUGGGGACAACCUUACCUGUUAAGAUCGCAUCAAGUUCAGAUUUGUCAUGCUUUUACACAAUGUUAAAUUAUAUCUUAUGGAAAGCUCGGGUAGGUUAGCUCCUAGCAGUUGAGCUUAAUAAUGGGUGCUUACGUAGCACAUACUAUAAUAAUAUCAAUAAAGGCCUACGAUGUGUUACAUUACA